UUGAUGAAACCAAAAAGUCGUGGUCGAAUAACAUUAUUGGCUAACGACGUUAAUGUUAAACCAGAGAUUACGCUGAAUUAUUUCAACGAUCCAAAUGAUAUGAAGACAAUGAUCGCUGGUCUUAGAACUGCAUUAAAUUUUGGUCAAACAAAGGCGAUGCAGGCAUUGAAUUCUCAGUUGUUGCAAAUUACUUGUACUGAAUGCCAUGACUAUGAGUAUGAUUCUAAUGCUUAUUGGGAAUGCAUGUUAAGACUCCUGACUUCCACGCUUUUUCACUAUUCUGGAACUUGCAAAAUGGGAGCAAAGGGAGAUCCU